ACUGAAUCUUCUCAGUUGAGCUUAGAUCUGAGGAGAGAAGGGUCACUUUCUCCGGUGAACUCACAAAAAAUCACCUUGCUGCUGCAGUCGCCUGCGGUCAAGUUUAUCACCAAUCCCGAGUUCUUCACUGUACUGCAUGCCAAUUAUAAUGCUUACCGCGUGUUCACCAGUAGCACCUGCUUAAAGCACAUGAUUCUGAAAGUCCGGCGGGAUGCACGCAAUUUUGAACGCUACCAGCAUAACCGGGACUUGGUGAAUUUCAUCAACAUGUUUGCAGACACACGUCUGGAAUUGCCUCGGGGCUGGGAGAUCAAAACAGACCAGCAGGGAAAGUCUUUUUUCGUGGACCACAACAGUCGAGCGACCACUUUCAUUGACCCCCGAAUCCCUCUUCAGAACGGCCGUCUUCCUAAUCAUCUGAUGCAUCGCCAGCACCUCCAGAGGCUCCGCAGUUACAGUGCUGGAGAGGCCUCAGAUGUCUGUAGAAACAGAGGAACCUCUUUAAUGGCCCGGCCAGGACACAGCCUCGUAGCUGCUAUUCGAAGCCAGCAUCAACAUGAGUCGUUGCCACUGGCAUAUAAUGACAAGAUCGUGGCGUUUCUUCGCCAGCCAAACAUUUUUGAAAUGCUGCAAGAGCGUCAGCCAAGCUUGGCAAGAAACCACACACUCAGGGAGAAAAUCCAUUACAUUCGGACUGAGGGUAAUAAUGGGCUGGAAAAGUUGUCCUGUGAUGCAGAUCUAGUUAUUUUGCUGAGUCUCUUUGAAGAAGAGAUUAUGUCCUACAUCCCCCUGCAAGCUGCCUUCCACCCAGGGUACAGCUUCUCUCCUCGCUGUUCACCCUGCUCCUCACCUCAGAACUCCCCAGGUUUACAGAGAGCCAGUGCAAGAGCCCCUUCACCCUACCGGAGAGACUUUGAGGCCAAGCUCCGUAAUUUCUACCGAAAACUGGAAGCCAAAGGAUUUGGUCAGGGUCCAGGGAAAAUUAAGCUCAUCAUUCGCCGGGACCACUUGUUGGAAGGAACCUUCAAUCAGGUGAUGGCCUAUUCCCGGAAAGAGCUCCAGCGAAACAAACUCUACGUCACCUUUGUUGGAGAAGAGGGCCUGGAUUACAGUGGUCCUUCGCGAGAGUUCUUCUUCCUUUUGUCUCAGGAGCUCUUCAACCCUUACUACGGACUCUUUGAGUAUUCUGCAAAUGAUACCUACACGGUGCAAAUCAGUCCCAUGUCUGCAUUUGUGGAAAACCAUCUAGAAUGGUUCAGGUUUAGUGGUCGUAUCCUAGGCCUGGCUCUGAUUCAUCAGUACCUUCUCGAUGCCUUCUUCACAAGGCCCUUCUAUAAGGCGCUCCUGAGACUGCCCUGUGAUUUAAGUGACCUGGAAUAUUUGGAUGAGGAAUUCCACCAGAGCUUGCAGUGGAUGAAGGACAACAACAUCACAGAUAUCCUAGACCUCACUUUCACUGUUAAUGAAGAGGUUUUUGGACAGGUAACAGAAAGGGAGUUAAAAUCUGGAGGAGCCAACACCCAGGUGACGGAAAAGAACAAGAAGGAGUACAUCGAGAGGAUGGUGAAGUGGCGGGUGGAACGUGGUGUGGUGCAGCAGACAGAGGCCCUGGUGCGGGGCUUUUAUGAGGUCAUAGACUCUAGGCUUGUCUCCGUGUUCGAUGCCAGGGAACUGGAGCUGGUGAUAGCGGGCACAGCAGAAAUCGACCUAAAUGACUGGCGGAAUAACACCGAGUACCGGGGAGGUUACCAUGAUGGGCAUCUUGUGAUCCGCUGGUUCUGGGCCGCGGUGGAACACUUCAAUAAUGAGCAGAGGUUAAGAUUACUUCAGUUCGUCACAGGAACAUCAAGUGUGCCCUAUGAAGGCUUCGCGGCCCUUCGAGGAAGCAAUGGGCUGCGGCGUUUCUGCAUAGAGAAAUGGGGGAAAAUUACAUCUCUACCCAGGGCGCACACAUGCUUCAACAGAUUGGAUCUUCCACCUUAUCCCUCAUACUCCAUGUUGUAUGAAAAGCUGUUAACAGCAGUAGAGAUCCGGCCCGCGGGCCAUAGUUUGCCCACGAACAUCACCAGCUUGGAACCCAGUGGCAACCUGAAGUGCGGAGACUGCGUGAGAAUGAAGCUGGACCGUGGCCACGGCACCUGCCUCAGACGGCCUGCCCCCGGACAUGAGACACCAUAA